AUGCCGUCGCUCAAGGAAGAGGUGCCGUUCGAAAGCCGAGUCGCCGAGACGCACAAAAUCAGAGCCAAGUACCCGAACAGAAUUCCCGUGGUGUGCGAGAAGGCCAGCCGAUCCAACCUCCCUGAGAUUGAAAAAAAAAAAUUUCUAGUACCCAUGAAUAUGCUAGUUGGUGAAUUUAAGUUUAUCCUUCACCAGCAUAUAAACCAGAGUGCAUAUGGAAACAGCAUGAAGCUGUUCAGGGAGAAAACCAUUUACCUGUUUGUGAAUAAUGUGAUUCCAAAGACAGGGUUACUGAUGCAGGAGUUGUAUGAAAUGUACAAGGACGAAGAUGGGUAUCUGUACCUGGAGUACAGUUGCGAGAGCUGCUUCGGUUAA